AUGGGGAGGAAGCCAAGGCAAGGAGAGGAAGCCAAGGCAAGGAGAGGAAGCCAAGGCAAGGAGAGGAAGCCAAGGCAAGGAGAGGAAGCCAAGGCAAGGAGAGGAAGCCAAGGCAAGGAGAGGAAGCCAAGGCAAGGAGAGGAAGCCAAGGCAAGGAGAGGAAGCCAAGGCAAGGAGAGGAAGCCAAGGCAAGGAGAGGAAGCCAAGGCAAGGAGAGGAAGCCAAGGCAAGGAGAGGAAGCCAAGGCAAGGAGAGGAAGCCAAGGCAAGGAGAGGAAGCCAAGGCAAGGAGAGGAAGCCAAGGCAAGGAGAGGAAGCCAAGGCAAGGAGAGGAAGCCAAGGCAAGGAGAGGAAGCCAAGGCAAGGAGAGGAAGCCAAGGCAAGGAGAGGAAGCCAAGGCAAGGAGAGGAAGCCAAGGCAAGGAGAGGAAGCCAAGGCAAGGAGAGGAAGCCAAGGCAAGGAGAGGAAGCCAAGGCAAGGAGAGGAAGCCAAGGCAAGGAGAGGAAGCCAAGGCAAGGAGAGGAAGCCAAGGCAAGGAGAGGAAGCCAAGGCAAGGAGAGGAAGCCAAGGCAAGGAGAGGAAGCCAAGGCAAGGAGAGGAAGCCAAGGCAAGGAGAGGAAGCCAAGGCAAGGAGAGGAAGCCAAGGCAAGGAGAGGAAGCCAAGGCAAGGAGAGGAAGCCAAGGCAAGGAGAGGAAGCCAAGGCAAGGAGAGGAAGCCAAGGCAAGGAGAGGAAGCCAAGGCAAGGAGAGGAAGCCAAGGCAAGGAGAGGAAGCCAAGGCAAGGAGAGGAAGCCAAGGCAAGGAGAGGAAGCCAAGGCAAGGAGAGGAAGCCAAGGCAAGGAGAGGAAGCCAAGGCAAGGAGAGGAAGCCAAGGCAAGGAGAGGAAGCCAAGGCAAGGAGAGGAAGCCAAGGCAAGGAGAGGAAGCCAAGGCAAGGAGAGGAAGCCAAGGCAAGGAGAGGAAGCCAAGGCAAGGAGAGGAAGCCAAGGCAAGGAGAGGAAGCCAAGGCAAGGAGAGGAAGCCAAGGCAAGGAGAGGAAGCCAAGGCAAGGAGAGGAAGCCAAGGCAAGGAGAGGAAGCCAAGGCAAGGAGAGGAAGCCAAGGCAAGGAGAGGAAGCCAAGGCAAGGAGAGGAAGCCAAGGCAAGGAGAGGAAGCCAAGGCAAGGAGAGGAAGCCAAGGCAAGGAGAGGAAGCCAAGGCAAGGAGAGGAAGCCAAGGCAAGGAGAGGAAGCCAAGGCAAGGAGAGGAAGCCAAGGCAAGGAGAGGAAGCCAAGGCAAGGAGAGGAAGCCAAGGCAAGGAGAGGAAGCCAAGGCAAGGAGAGGAAGCCAAGGCAAGGAGAGGAAGCCAAGGCAAGGAGAGGAAGCCAAGGCAAGGAGAGGAAGCCAAGGCAAGGAGAGGAAGCCAAGGCAAGGAGAGGAAGCCAAGGCAAGGAGAGGAAGCCAAGGCAAGGAGAGGAAGCCAAGGCAAGGAGAGGAAGCCAAGGCAAGGAGAGGAAGCCAAGGCAAGGAGAGGAAGCCAAGGCAAGGAGAGGAAGCCAAGGCAAGGAGAGGAAGCCAAGGCAAGGAGAGGAAGCCAAGGCAAGGAGAGGAAGCCAAGGCAAGGAGAGGAAGCCAAGGCAAGGAGAGGAAGCCAAGGCAAGGAGAGGAAGCCAAGGCAAGGAGAGGAAGCCAAGGCAAGGAGAGGAAGCCAAGGCAAGGAGAGGAAGCCAAGGCAAGGAGAGGAAGCCAAGGCAAGGAGAGGAAGCCAAGGCAAGGAGAGGAAGCCAAGGCAAGGAGAGGAAGCCAAGGCAAGGAGAGGAAGCCAAGGCAAGGAGAGGAAGCCAAGGCAAGGAGAGGAAGCCAAGGCAAGGAGAGGAAGCCAAGGCAAGGAGAGGAAGCCAAGGCAAGGAGAGGAAGCCAAGGCAAGGAGAGGAAGCCAAGGCAAGGAGAGGAAGCCAAGGCAAGGAGAGGAAGCCAAGGCAAGGAGAGGAAGCCAAGGCAAGGAGAGGAAGCCAAGGCAAGGAGAGGAAGCCAAGGCAAGGAGAGGAAGCCAAGGCAAGGAGAGGAAGCCAAGGCAAGGAGAGGAAGCCAAGGCAAGGAGAGGAAGCCAAGGCAAGGAGAGGAAGCCAAGGCAAGGAGAGGAAGCCAAGGCAAGGAGAGGAAGCCAAGGAGAGGAAGCCAAGGAGAGGAAGCCAAGGAGAGGAAGCCAAGGAGAGGAAGCCAAGGAGAGGAAGCCAAGGAGAGGAAGCCAAGGAGAGGAAGCCAAGGAGAGGAAGCCAAGGAGAGGAAGCCAAGGAGAGGAAGCCAAGGAGAGGAAGCCAAGGAGAGGAAGCCAAGGAGAGGAAGCCAAGGAGAGGAAGCCAAGGAGAGGAAGCCAAGGAGAGGAAGCCAAGGAGAGGAAGCCAAGGAGAGGAAGCCAAGGAGAGGAAGCCAAGGAGAGGAAGCCAAGGAGAGGAAGCCAAGGAGAGGAAGCCAAGGAGAGGAAGCCAAGGAGAGGAAGCCAAGGAGAGGAAGCCAAGGAGAGGAAGCCAAGGAGAGGAAGCCAAGGAGAGGAAGCCAAGGAGAGGAAGCCAAGGAGAGGAAGCCAAGGAGAGGAAGCCAAGGAGAGGAAGCCAAGGAGAGGAAGCCAAGGAGAGGAAGCCAAGGAGAGGAAGCCAAGGAGAGGAAGCCAAGGAGAGGAAGCCAAGGAGAGGAAGCCAAGGAGAGGAAGCCAAGGAGAGGAAGCCAAGGAGAGGAAGCCAAGGAGAGGAAGCCAAGGAGAGGAAGCCAAGGAGAGGAAGCCAAGGAGAGGAAGCCAAGGAGAGGAAGCCAAGGAGAGGAAGCCAAGGAGAGGAAGCCAAGGAGAGGAAGCCAAGGAGAGGAAGCCAAGGAGAGGAAGCCAAGGAGAGGAAGCCAAGGAGAGGAAGCCAAGGAGAGGAAGCCAAGGAGAGGAAGCCAAGGAGAGGAAGCCAAGGAGAGGAAGCCAAGGAGAGGAAGCCAAGGAGAGGAAGCCAAGGAGAGGAAGCCAAGGAGAGGAAGCCAAGGAGAGGAAGAGCCCAACAACCAGCCAGAGAGGAGACUGGUGGUGAGAGAGGAGAGGAAGAAGAAAAAGAAGAAUUAGGAGAAAAAGAAGCAGUAAUGUUCCAAGAACAUCUACCAGCCAGUGCAAGCAGCUGCUUUUUAUGCCGUGAAGUGGUGGGAAUUACAGGGACUCCCAUGACUGCCCUCACCAACACCAGCAGAAUUAGCUUCAGCCAGAGGCUGGCUGAAAUUAUACAUAUGAGGAAUGUAGAAAUUGACAGAAAAGGAAUGCUCUGUGAAGCAUGCUGUUCUGAAAUUAAUGAGAUAGAUGAGAAGGAAAUGCGAGUAAAGCAGCUUAAGAAAUUAAUUAUACUUCGUGUGCUCGCCAGGGACCCUGAUUAUGGUACGUGUAUUAAACUACCUGUAGCUAAAGUCAUGAAAGUUAUAAUGUUUUAUGAUAGAGAAAAUAACCAACAACAAAAGCAACAUUUGAAGAGCUCUUCUUAA